AUGCAAACAACUAAACUUGUAAUUCACUUGGACAAGCAUGAACAAAUUUCACGAUUAAAUAUGCCUGGCGAUCAAGGAACGUUGGAUUCAUCUUUGGGCGCACACAAGAAUCACUUUAGACGACAAGCGUCAAGCUUUGGGCCGGUAGUUUUCAAAUCGGCUGAAUUGCUUAUAUGUAUCAUUUGCAUUGGUCUUUUUGACGAUCCCGCUAACAAUUCACGAUUCAGAACAUUUGUUGGAACAAGAACCAUCGCUUUGAGCUACAGCACCUUUGGUACGUUCACAACUGUUUGCUUAGCAUUUUUGAUUGCCAAAGCUUUACGUGAUAAUGUUCCAUGGAAGUACUCGACAAUUUUAAAUCUUGCGGGAUUUUUUGGGUUUGCCGCCUGUGCCGUUGUCAUUUUCAAAGAUUGGAGUGACACGAAGGAACGAAACUACUGGCCACCAAACACGACACGUUUGGAUCUCACAUGUGCUUCGGGAGCUUUGUCAACAUUAAACGCAGUUGUGUUUUUGGUUGACAGUCUUUUUGUAAUGCGUUUAGGAGCUCGUGGUGAUCUUCCAUAAACAAAUAGCAAAAAUUUAAAUCACUGUUUGUAAGCUCCUUCGAAGCAAAAGGAAACAAUUGAAUCUCUUUCAUUUUAAAGUUAAAGCAAAAGUUCUUUUUUACCCUUCACAAAACAAUUUACCGAAAAAUUUAAUAUUCAACUCUCAAUUAGCAUGUAAAUAGCCAUGAAGUUACUAACACGAUAUUCCACGCUUUGCAAUAUGAAAUUUUAAAUACAAAUCAAUAUGUCUUCUAUUAUUUAAAAUAUUGUGUUUGCAUAGAGUACAAUUAAAGGCACAUAUCGAAGAAUCUCUUAUCAGGUCUUAAAUGCAAGCAAACUUCAUAUAUGGAAGUAGAUAUUUACAUUGAAAUGUUGAAUAUUUAAUAAUAGUUGUUGGAGCUUUUUUUCUUUUGUUUAAAAUUAUUUUUAAAUACCAAAAACUAGACGCUAUAUUUAUAUAAGGGAAAACGAGUAUAACUUUUUGUAUACAUAAUAGUUUGCAAUAUUAUUUUAUUUUGAAUCUCUUUAUCCAUUUUUAAUGCUAUUGUGAAUAUGAGUCAUUUGAAAGACAUCACAUAAUCAGAAAAAGAUUUCUAUUAUUCAGUUAAAUUUUACUAAUUCAUAUUUUCUAGAAUUUUAUUUUAAUUUUUGAAUUAUGGAAUCAGCCAGAAUGUUCACUUUAAAUGACAAUUAGAAAAUAAAUAUGAGAAGCUUAAAAUUCUUAUGAUGUUUUUAAUUAAAAUUCCCUGCUUGUUCAAGAUUUUGUUUGUUCUUUUACAUUUUUAGGGAAAUGUAAACAGAAUAAAAAGGGAACCAUAGUUAUUGUCAUCAAACAACA